AAUAAAACAAUACAUUUGACGAAAGGCCACCUUACACAGUUAAAACAACUAAUGACAAUUUAAAAUAAAACCACACAACUGAUAAUAAGGAUGGAUGCAGGAUUGUUAAUCUGCUGCUGAAAAACAAAUGAUCUGUAUUUUGAUGUCAUUUUUAUAGCUCUGUUUUUGGGGAUCUGUUUGUAUGGUUCAUAUAUACAGGACCUGAGGUAAGUAUUAAAGCAGGUAAUGAUAUCAAAAUAAAUACUUUUCUUUUUUAAAUCAAACAAUACAAUGUGUUAAUGAUCGUGUAUAAGAUUAAUUAUAAUAUUAUAAUCCGAAUUUCACAAAUCUCAGACUUGGUUUAUCGCGCGUGAUGCUGCUGAGGGGAAAAAACUACAGCGUUGAACCUUGUGAGAGAGUCGGUUGAUGACGUCAUGAUCACGAGUGCGGAAGCGGAAGUAGUCUGUUUGUCCUGCAGUAACGAGCCGAUGAGGGGAACAGGGGCGUCGGGUUUAUUAUUAUUAUUAUUUUAAUCUGGAUUAAAAAUUCUCUCUCACACGCGGUGAUGGAGUCCGGCGGGGUGGACGAGAUUAAAGGAGCCGUGCUGCACAUCGUGGUGGUCGGAUUUCACCACAAGAGGGGCUGCCAGGUGGAGUUCUCAUACCCUCCUAUCAGCGACGAAGGUCAUGACAGUAACCUGUUGCCCGAGCAGUGGAAGUACCUGCCGUUCCUCGCUCUGCCUGACGGGGCGCACAACUACCAGGAGGACACGGUGUAUUUCCUGCUGCCCCCUCUGAGCGCGGAGAUAAAGUGUGUGUACGGCGUUUCCUGCUACAGACAGAUCGAAGCCAAGGCGCUGAAGGUGAGACAGGCCGACGUUACCAGGGAGACGGUGCAGAAGAGCGUGUGUGUCCUGAGCAGAGUGCCCGUGUUCGGUCUGAUCGCCGCCAAGCUGCAGCUCAUCACACACGCCUACUUCGAGGAGAAGGACUUUUCCCAGAUCUCCAUCCUGAAGGAGCUGUAUGAUCAAAUGAACAGUUCUCUGCGGUUCCCAACCCUGGAGGGAUCACAGGUGUUUCUGGGUUUAUCUGCUCGAGAUUUAAUACUUCACUUCAAACACAAGGUUCUGAUUCUCUUUAAGUUGAUCCUGCUGGAAAAGAAGGUGCUGUUCUAUGUCUCGCCUGUUAACAGAUUAGUUGGAACCCUGAUGACCGUUCUCUCACUGUUCCCUGGUAUGAUCGAGCGCGGCCUGCACAACUCCUCUCACUACCAUCCGAAAAGCAGCCAAUCAGAGAGCGCCGACGUCAUCAAAAGCGCAGACCACACGGAGAACCCCGAAGUGUUUGUGUCCGAGCCGACAGCUGACCAAUCAGAGGGCUCCGUGGGUGCCGAGGCCUCUCCGAGCUCUCCUGAUUGGCUGGAAAGCGAGUGGGAGAGUCUGGACCCGAGCGUGCUGGAGGAGGUGGAGGUGGAGGAGAAGGAGGAGGUAAAGAAGGAUGAAGGGAGAAGUGCACAGCCCGGGUGUAUGGAGUCCGAUUCGAACACGCCCAUCACUGUUCAGCCCAAAGCCACGCCCACUCAGACUGCCACAGACUCGCACAGCGAUAUACACACACACAGCACACACACACCCCUGCUGGACGAGGACCAGUACGGCCUGCCCCCUGCCAUCUUCACCAAGGGUUACCUGUGUCUGCCUUACAUGGCUCUUCAGCAACAUCACCUGCUCUGUGAUGUCAGAGUUCGGGGGUUCGUUGCUGGAGCAACCAACAUCCUGUUCCGUCAGCAGAGACACCUGAGUGACGCCAUCGUAGAUGUGGAAGAGGCUGCGAUCCACAUCUCUGACCCGGAGUUACGGCGCGUCCUCAGCUUGACCACAGCAGACCUGCGUUUCUGCGACUUCCUGUUGAAGAGUGUGUGUGAGCACAGCGAGGACGUGUUCUUGGACGGGACCGGCUGGGAGGGAGGAGACGAGUGGAUCCGCGCGCAAUUCACACACUACAUGCACACGCUAUUAGCGUCCACACUACAGCAAGAAUCUGAGAAGCUGCUGGUGGAUUACGGCUCUGUUUUCAUCUCCGCCUGGAGGAACACACACAAUUACAGAGUGUGGUGCAGCUCACAGCAUCCGGCCUUCGCCCAAAUCACACCGGGUCACCCGUUCCAGGGGCAGUACAGUGUGGCGGACGUGAAGCUGCGUUUCUCACACUCGGUGCAGAACAGCGAAAGAGGGCGGAAACUGGGCAGCGCCAUGAUGAGCACCAGCAGGAGUGUAGUGCAGACCGGCAGAGCUGUCGGUCAAUCGGUUGGCGGAGCCUUGAACAGCGCCAAGACGGUGAUGUCAUCGUGGUUCUCGACACUCUCUCAACCGGCGUUAAUAUCUAACUCGCCGUCCACGACGACUAAGCAGUGACUUUCUCACACACACACACACACACACACACACACACACACACACACACACACACAUCUUGCACUCGAUCUAACACACUACCCUCUUCAGUGUACCGUGUUUGGUGUGUCAUUAGUGUCCGACCAAUCAGCAUUUAGCGCAGCCUCGGCCUGAUCAAUGUGUGUGUACCCGAAAUAAGCAGCCUUAAUGUCCAUCAGCGGGAGGACAGGAUGGACAUAUGUCUCCAUGCUCCAUCGGUUCCAUACGUAUUUGGACAGUUACACAAUUUCUGUUACUUUGUUUCGGUUUACCAUCAAAACAGAGUUGACAGUAAGCAAUUUUUUUUUUUAAACACAGUCUCUCUAUUUAAUAGCUGCUCAAACGUAAUUGGACAAACUACGACCAGCAGGUCUUCGAAGUAUCUGCCUGGAGUCUGGAUUCUAUCGGCGUUACGAAAUGAGUUUUCUCCAACGAGACGUUUUUUUUUUGGUUUUCCUGCAGCCGCUGUUAUGUGCUAAAGUUUGCAGUCCCUUCCGCUUCCAGGUUUAAGAUGAUGAUGUAUUAUUCAGAUCAUGGGCCCUUCCUUUCCUUCUCCAUAAACAAACCCCUCCCCCAGAAAUCACUUUGGUACUGGUUAAUUUUGUUCCAGAACUUUUUUUUUUAUUAUGAGUUUUUCUUGCAGUGCAGUCCGGCCUCUACGGACAUUCUUGAGCGUUCUUAUCCGUUAGUCAGUCACAACAACGAGCUAAACAAAGAUCACGCAUCGUUAUCAGAGAGUCCAGAGGCGCCUUCAUGAAUGUGCACGAGGGUUUAACUCGCAACUCAAACCCCCGGCGUUCCACAAAAACACGACACUUAUAUUAGAAUUACAUCCAAACUCGUAAAAAAUAAUCCUUAUUGUACCGAUCGCUCGUUUGUCCGAUUACUUUUGAUGGAAGGACUGUGCCGUAAUGAAAUGGGUGUAAUUUCUUCAAACCUUCGAAUUAGACCUGAAAGCUGAAAUCGAUUGUGGCCGUAUACAUAAAAACGAGUGUGACUGUCCUUGUACUUAUGGGCCCGAUUGUGCAUACCUGUAUAUAAAUGAUAUAAAACAUAUACCAUUAUAAUUCUUCUGCCCUGUCUGUCUGUCUGUCUGUCUGUCUGUCAUGUGUUAUUUUGGAGAUGCAUCGAUGUAUUCAAGACUAAAUACAGAUACAGGUUUCUUUCUUUCGA